GAAAGGAGGGGAAAGAAAACGCUUUUUAUAUCAAGGGUGUGAGUACACAGAAGUAGCUCAGCUUAUCCUCAUGGUAGGAUCCUCUUCGAGCCAGACCUACCUGCCUACCUACCUACCUACGUAUGAAUGAAUGAACGAUAACUCAGGUCCCCAAAGGAUCAAUAGCAUCUUGUCUCAUCUCAUCUCAUGCUGUCCAUCUCAUACAUCCAUCCAUCCAUCCAUCACCACCCUUCCCUUCCGCCCAAACUGCCGCCUCGGUUCCCCUUACAUAAUCUAGCCCCAUCCCUCGGCCCAAAGAAUCCCCAAGCGACAAGACGGACCGCAAAUAAUGAAAUAAUCUCACUGUCCACUCCAGUAUGGAAACCACAGCGCAAUAAUCAUCACGACCUCAACAAAAAAGUUUGUUAUGGACCUCCUCACUUCUAACAAUGGCUGCCCAUCAUCCAUCUUCAAAGUUUUCUAAUCAUCAGUUUCAAUCCGUGAGAAUUGUUUUCCAUCAAUUUCAACCAUGUCUUCAUCAUUCCCCAUCAUGAAGAUGAGCACGCGCAUACUAUUGAAGCAAUAUUCACGACCAGCAACUUUUGCUGCUAGACCGUUUCUUGCACAAUGUCAAACUAGGAAAAGUUCGCAUAGCCCUAUGGGCUCACAGAGUUCGAGGAAGAAGGUCACCAUGACUACAUUGAGGUCCAUGUAUAAGAAAGGGGAACCUAUUGCCGUGAUGACGGCUCAUGAUUUCCCUAGUGGUCAUGUAGCGGAUCUCGCGGGUAUGGAUAUAGUCUUGGUGGGAGAUAGUUUGGCCAUGGUAGCCUUGGGAAUGGAAGAUACUAGUGAGGUUGUCAUGGAGGAGAUGUUGAUGCAUUCUCGUUCUGUAUCUCGUGCUGCAAAAGCUGCUUUCACUGUAUGUACAUUCCUGUAUUCCAUCAAUUCAUGCACCGCCUCCUUUACUAAUGAACCAAAUUAUCAGGUUGGAGAUCUCCCUAUGGGCUCAUAUGAAAUAUCCCCCGAACAAGCUCUCGAGUCCGCUUUUCGAUUUGUGAAGGAAGGUCGAAUGCAAGGCAUUAAAUUAGAAGGGGGUGCAGAAAUGGCUCCCACCAUCAAGAAAAUCACGGCCGCAGGCAUUCCAGUCCUAGGCCAUAUAGGUCUCACACCCCAACGCCAGAAUUCCCUCGGUGGCUUCCGCGUCCAAGGUAAAACUUGUGCUGGUGCACUGAAAGUUCUCGAAGAUGCGCUCGCCGUCCAAGAAGCGGGUGCUUUCGGAAUGGUCGUUGAAGCUGUUCCACAAGAAGUCGCAAAACUCAUAACUGAGAAGUUAUCUAUCCCUACAAUCGGUAUUGGCGCAGGAAAUGGUUGCUCGGGACAAGUUUUGGUGCAAGUUGACAUGACUGGCAAUUUUCCACCUGGUCGAUUCCUCCCAAAAUUUGUAAAGAAAUAUGGUGAUGUGUGGAGCGAAAGCUUAAAAGCCAUUACGGAAUACCGCGAAGAAACGAAGUCUCGAGCCUACCCGGCCCCAGAGCAUACAUAUCCGAUUCCAGAGAAGGAGCUCGAGGAAUUUCGAAGUGCGAUUAGUAAAAUGGACUGAGGUGUUGUGGGUAAAAUAUCGAUGUUGUUAGAUUGCAAGCGUAUUCGUCCAGCUUUUAGAUUCCCAAUGUUCGUUUAGCUUUUAGAUGCCCAGUAGCAAUAUAAUUUUUUUGUUUACCAACCCAAAUAUAGUUUAUAAAGCGAUUCA